AGUCGUGUCGUUAGUGCAGUGUGAAUUUUACGUGACGUGUUUUGUGUACGGAUUUUUGUUUCUCGGAUGUGUUCGGAUUACGUUUAUUUGAUUACAUACGCUAGAUGAGAAAUCGAAGCAAAUGUAUAAAAUUGACGACCAUGCAACGAACAUAUGAGCCGAAAUGGCGGCGGAAUUUAAACGAACGUUAAAGCUGCGCGGGCGCAGGGAUGAUUCGGAAUUCGAAAAUAGAAUAACGCGCAGGAAGCUGGGAUGGGCCGGGCCGGAUGUGUGCAUUUGGAUCCUGCUGUCUGCGACCUUUUUUGUCGGUUGUCAUGGUUACCAGGAGCAGAGAUUUGCAAUGGAGCCGCAGGAUCAGAGUGCAGUCGUGGGCUCCCGCGUGACAUUACCGUGUCGAGUCGAACACAAAGUCGGCAGCCUGCAGUGGACCAAGGACGAUUUCGGUCUUGGCACACAUCGGAACCUCAGUGGCUACGAGCGAUACUCCAUGAUCGGGAGCGACGAGGAAGGCGAUUACUCAUUAGAUAUAAAAGAUAUCACGUUGGAAGAUGAUGGCAUGUACCAAUGCCAAGUUAGUUCCGGUCUUAAUGGUGAGCCGGCUAUACGAUCGAGAUACGCAAAAGUUACAGUGUUGGUCGCACCGGAGCCGCCGCGUAUAUUACAAGGAGCUUUUAUCGAUGCGAUUGAAGAUCAACCUGUUGAUAUUGAGUGUGUAUCCGAAGGCGGAAAGCCAGCAUCCGAAAUAACUUGGGUAGAUGGAAGUCAGAAUGUUAUCAAGAAUAAUGUUGAAAGCAGAGUCGAAAUGUUACCAGACGAACAAAGAUAUAUAACUAGAUCGGUUUUGCGGUUGAUACCUAACAAGCUACACCACAAUCAGACAAUAACGUGUCAAGCGCAGAACACAGCGGACAGGGCGUACAGGAUGGCCACAGUACAUAUUGAGGUAAAAUACGCUCCAAAGAUAAAUGUUUCAAUUGUAUCCGGUGCUGUAAAUAAGAGAAUACCGGAAGGCAGUGAAGCACGGUUUCUAUGUUCGGUUGACGCCAAUCCUCCUGCACAGAUGUACCGAUGGUAUCUGAACAACAACCCAAUAGUUGGUGAUUACGAGGAAGAGUUGAUUUUAUUCAAUGUCACCCGCAAACACAAUAAGGCUGUACUGAAGUGUGAAGUUAGUAAUACAGCUGGGAAGAGCGAGUCUUCUCUUGCUUUGAACGUAACUUAUCCGCCAUCAUUCCGAACUCAUCCACAAAAUGUGGAGGCAGCGGUCGGCGCGAGUGUUACUUUGAGUUGUGACGUCGACGGACAACCGCAGCCUGAAAUACGUUGGCUGUUCCACGAGCCGGGAAGAAUAGGGCAGGUCAAAGGGAAGGCACCGAACCUCAAAGUGUACGUGGACGAGCGUACAGCAGGACGAUAUAUCUGUAAAGCAACUGUUAGUGGAUAUCCCGAGAUUGAAAGUGAAGCCACUAUAUUUAUUAAAGGUGCACCCAAGAUUAUUUCAAACAGAACCCAAGCUGGUUCCGAAGGCGAUAAGGUGACAGUCGAAUGUGAAGCCCUCUCAGUACCAAGACCUGAUGAUAUCAGGUGGUACUUUGAAGGGAAAGAAAUCAGCGUUAUACAGGAUCCAGAUUAUGCUACUUUGGAAGAAACAUUACCAAACGGUAUUGUGAAGUCGAGUCUCGUGAUCCGAGACAGCCAAUCUAAACACUACGGCGUGUACAAUUGUAGUGUUACUAAUGAAUAUGGAAACGCUAAUGCCGCUAUUACACUCAAACCGUUGAAAACAUUACCGCUGUUCAUAAUUCUAAUAGGCGUGACGUCUGGGAUUAUAAUAUUCUCGUCCUUCGUGAUACUCGUCGUAGUUUGUCACAGGAAACGAAGGAAGAAUCAGAAGAUAAACGAAAAACCGGACGUGACAGUCACUUCCGGUGACAUGUAUAAAGAGAGCGACAGGAGUUCAAACAUAAGUGACUUGAAGUUACAGUUACCUCAAACCGAUGAAAGUUACGACUUGGAGUACACAAGUUCCGAUCGCUCAGAUACAAAGAAUCCUGCUGGUCUCCCCCUCGCUGGACCGGUCCCGCUACCAAACAUACGCCACGACGAUCCGAUGCUGCAAUUUAGAUACAGCAAUGAUUAUUCAGACCCAACAUACGCGGAUACUUAUUUUAAGAACCCAGCCGCUUACGUGUACGACUACCCACAAGGGUACGUGCCUCCCCCACACUUGAGGGUUCAAUCUCCGACACUCGAAGUACCAACUAGCAGGUCCCUUCAAGGUUCAUUGACGCGUAGUAUAGACACGUCGUCAACGCUUCCGUUGUCAGCCGGUAACGGAUCGCAGAACAAUUCGUUGCAACGUACGAAAACGGACGAAACUGACGCUAUUAAUAAUUUAGGCUUACCUGUUGGUGGCGAAGCACCACAAGUGCCCACUUACACCCAGUCUGGGGGUAAAAAUCAAAGCGGGGUCGACUUAAGAUACGCAGCGACGUACGGAAAUCCCUACCUAAGAAAUGGUACAAUGAGUUAUUCAAACCAAGUUCAUACCGCGAAGCCGGCUUCUACGCCCGCUCCGCCGCCAUACUCCGCAGUGCGAAGCUCAGUCCAUCUCCCAGGUUAGCACCGACUGCUUAGGUAACGCACCGACGACGCUAGCCACGCAUGUGUAGCGUUAACGAAGUGUAAAAAUAUAAUAAAAAUUGUAUAAAAAAAAAAUGGACUAAUUUCUAUACAACCGUGUUAAAUGAAACACUUGUAAUAUAUAACGUUCCUAAAUAAAUAUUACGACUGAGAUGUAAAUACAAUGUAGGUUAGGUGUAUAAAGUGAAAUAAGGACAGUUACACGCGAGCGACAGUAAUUUUUUUUUUUUAUUUAAAAUAUUUAACCAAUUUUUUUUUUUGUAAUAGCUUUCGUCGAGUUCGUUUUAAUAUUGAUGUUAUGCUUAUGCAUGGAUCAUGUACCACCGCAUUUUUUUUUUUACAGUAAAAACUCUUUUGUAAAACGAUUUAUUUACUUUAUUAUAUAGUAUUGCUCAAAACGUUGCAAUAGGUUAUUUAUAAGACGCUAGUGGAACAAUUUAAAUAUAGAAUUGCCAGAUUUAUUAAAUGUCAUUAUUUUACUAGCGGACUGUUAGCUUUACCAUAGUGAAUCUAUAAAUAUGUGUUGCUAGUAACAAAUUUGUACAAACAGUUAAUGUAAUUGUAUAGCCAAAUAUAAACAUACUCUGUACAUGUAUUUACAAAUUAUAAAGCCUAAGCCAGACUUGCUUAUUGAUUGUCAAUACUACCAUUAGUUUGGAAGUAAUAUACUUUGAUCCACAGAGAAAUUCUGUAAGAACGUCGUAACUCGUAUUAACUCACUUAACAAGCUAUGUUUAAGCGCGAACCUUUAAUUUAAUUGUGGUUGUCAAUGUCACCUUCUGAUAUUUCACAGUCAUUUUCAGCAUCUCACUUCGUAUCUCACUCGUGAAAUGUCGACGAACGACUUGCGGUGAUACGCCAUUUUAAUACGUGUAUCCAUAAAAUGAUUUUAGUUAAUUAUCGCAUAUUACAGUUUGACAUUUCACGCUUUUGUUUUGCGGUGAGUUUCGAGUUUCUUCUUACAGAAUACCUACCUCUACUGUCGUGAGUUUCGAGUUUUUACAGAAUAGCUCUUAGACGAAACGUUUUAGUUUUAUUUAAUUUUAUAUCUGUUAACACUGUACAAAAUCGCAUUAGACCAUUUUUAAUAA